GGUGGGGUGGGGGUGGGGGGGGCGGCGUGUGCUCCCCAUGAAGCGACGGAGGAUGAACAAGCUGUACAUCGGGAACCUCAGCCCCGCCGUCACCGCCGACGACCUCAAGCGGCUUUUCGGGGAGAGGAAGCUGCCCCUGGCCGGCCAGGUCCUGCUCAAGUCCGGCUACGCCUUCGUGGAUUACCCGGACCAAAACUGGGCCAUCCGGGCUAUCGAGACCCUCUCGGGGAAAGUGGAGCUGCACGGCAAAGUGAUGGAGGUGGAUUAUUCCGUGCCCAAAAAGCUCAGGAGCAGGAAGAUCCAGAUCCGAAACAUUCCCCCCCAUCUGCAGUGGGAGGUGCUGGAUGGUCUGUUAGCUCAGUGUGGGACGGUGGAGAAUGUAGAGCAAGUCAACACAGACACCGAAACAGCCGUUGUCAACGUAACGUAUGCAACUAAAGAACAAGCAAAAGUAGCAAUUGAGAAGCUGAGCGACCACCAGUUUGAGAACUAUUCCUUCAAGAUUUCCUACAUCCCGGAUGAAGAGGUGAGCUCCCCUCCGCCCCCCCAGCGAUCCCGCCGUGGGGGCCACUCUUCCAGGGAGCGGGGCUCCUCCCCGGGGGGCUCCUCGCAGCCCAAACAGCUCGAUUUCCCACUGCGGAUGCUGGUGCCCACGCAGUUUGUUGGUGCGAUCAUAGGAAAGGAGGGCUUGACCAUAAAGAACCUUACUAAGCAAACCCAGUCCAAGGUUGACAUCCAUCGGAAGGAGAAUGCCGGCGCUGCUGAAAAGCCCAUCACCAUCCAUGCCACGCCAGAGGGGUGCUCCGAAGCGUGUCGCAUGAUCCUUGAUAUCAUGCAGAAGGAGGCUGAUGAAACUAAAUCAGCAGAAGAGGUUCCCUUGAAAAUCCUAGCACACAACAGUCUGGUGGGGAGGUUGAUUGGCAAGGAGGGCCGCAACCUCAAGAAGAUCGAGCAGGACACAGGCACGAAGAUCACCAUCUCCCCUUUGCAGGAUUUAACCAUUUAUAACCCGGAGCGGACCAUCACGGUGAAGGGCAGCACGGAGGCGUGCUCCAAUGCCGAAGUGGAGAUCAUGAAGAAGUUGCGAGAAGCUUACGAGAAUGACGUUGUGGCCGUCAAUCAGCAAGCCAACCUGAUCCCAGGACUGAACCUCAGCGCUUUGGGCAUCUUCUCGACAGGACUGUCCAUGCUCCCAUCUACCCCGGGGGCCCGAGGGGCUGCGGCGGCCGCCCCGUACCACCCGUUUGCACAGCAGAGCGGUCGGAGGAGAACGAGCUCCUCGGCAUACCUCUCAGGUCUGUAUGGAGCCCCCCCAGCCGGCGCCUUCCCCCACCAGCACCCUCUGCCAGAGCAGGAGGUUGUGAACUUGUUCAUCCCGACGCAGGCAGUGGGGGCCAUCAUCGGGAAGAAGGGGCAGCACAUCAAGCAGCUGGCACGGUUUGCUGGUGCCUCCAUCAAGAUUGCCCCGGCAGAAGGUCCCGACGCCAGCGAGCGGAUGGUCAUCAUCACGGGGCCUCCCGAGGCUCAGUUCAAGGCGCAAGGGCGAAUAUUUGGGAAGCUGAAAGAGGAAAACUUCUUUAACCCGAAAGAAGAAGUGAAGCUUGAAGCCCACAUCAAGGUGCCUUCCUUCGCCGCCGGCCGCGUGAUAGGCAAAGGUGGCAAGACGGUAAACGAACUGCAAAAUUUAACUAGUGCAGAAGUCAUUGUGCCGCGAGACCAAACCCCGGACGAGAACGAGGAGGUCAUCGUUAAAAUCAUUGGGCAUUUCUUUGCCAGUCAGACUGCACAGCGCAAGAUCAGGGAAAUCGUACAGCAGGUGAAGCAGCAGGAGCAGAAACACGCUCAGGGAGCCCCGGCCUCGCAGCACAGCAAGUGAGGCUCCCGCCGUGCCGGCCAGCACCGCCCGAUGAAUGUAACCCCACCGCUGCCAUCGCCGGACCCCCCCCCAGCAGGUCAGGGGAGCAAACCAAAGACCCCCCCCCCAAGCCCGCCCCCACUGCAGCCAGGGUGCUGUGAGGAUACGCAGCAGAGGGGUACAGGGAGGGCUCUCUCCAUCCCACAGCCUCCCCCCUACUCCAUCGCCUCCUGACGCUAUCCCUUUAGUUGGACUAACAUAGGCAGAGAGAGACAUUUUUUAAUUUUCAGUUUCCUAAAAGCCACCUGUUUCAUCCAUGCACAGCCGAGGGAGCUCGCCCGGUGUUGGGGGGGGGGGGGGGGCUGCAGCGCACAGCAUGGCGCUCACCGAUUUUAGAAUUAAUAUAUCGAUAAUGAAACUAAUGCUGAUUUUUAAGUUUUGUUAAGUUUUGUUUUUUUUUUUAAAUUCUUUUUAAAUUUCAAAGGGGUUGGAGGGAGGGGGAUGUUUGUUUUUAGCAAAAGCAGGCUUUUCUAGAGUUUUAAAGAAAGGAGCUAGUCCAUUGGUUCUCUAAUGCACAGUAGAGCAGAGAUGUAGGAUUGCCAGCAGGGGAAAAAAAAAUGUGUUAAAAAAGCAAUUUCUUAAGGGCUUUGAGAAGAGCAGUGCCUGUAUGAGCCAACAGAAGGGAUACCGUCUCCUAAAAGAGGAAUCUCUUUCACAUGCCCUUUCCUCUUGUGCUUCACAGAGUCCAAAACUGGGGUUUGCAUCCAUUCUGUCCCCCCUUUCUGACUGACUGUCUGUCUGUCCGUCCCCUCUCUCUUUCCAUCACUGCCCAACACAGCCAUGCUUGGCCCUAACAUCCCCAGAAAAUGAUGGGCAGCACCAGCCCUGCCCGCUUUGGGCAGGAAUCUUUUUACUUAAAAAGAUCCCUGUUGCAAGAAGAGGGGAAAAUGGGGGGAGGAAACAGAUUUACAAGAGGUUUCAGCCCAGGGCUGGAAAAACAACUAGCAAAAUUCUUUUAAAAUUAAAAAAAAAAACCAAACCCCACACGCAUACACACAGACACACAAAAACUACCUCAGGUUUUCGUACCUCAGCACCUUGCGCUUGUGUUUCCCUUUUAGAGAUUUUGUAUGCCUUGUAAAACUGAUAGUUGGAGCAUUUUUUUAUUUUUUUAAUAAAAAACGAGUUGGAAAAUGAUCUCGACCAAGUCAGCUGCGAGGCGGGAGAAGGAAACCAUCCCACAUGUCCCAGAGCUCUUCCGUAGUCUCCUGCUAGCUGAGAGCCAGUGGCCAUUCCUUCAGAGGAAGCUUGAGAAAUGUUUAAAAAGGAAAAAAAAAAAAAAAGGAAAAAAAAGAAAAACUCACCA